GAAAUCACCACUUGAGAAUGUCCAAAUGUUUGUCGGGGCGCUUGAAACAUGCAUAUUCAUUGGCUCAUUGUUUCACCCCACGUCAGCCUCAUCGCCCUUUCCUUCCCCGCCAUUUCAACACGAGAUCUUUUUCUCAACAUCUUCUGAUACCAUUUCAUAGGAUACAACAAUUUCACCGACAAUUCUCUACAAUGAAUGCUCAGGAACUCAAACACUUCCUUGCGGACUCGCCCCCCAGUGUCGUUCAGCUUGAGAUUAAAAAGCAUUUUGAGGCGCUGUCUGAUAAAGAAAAAAGAUACGCUCAUUACAUUAGCAGAGCAUCUGUUCACGGAACACGUAUUACUUUAAGACAGGUUUCCCCAGAGUCCGAAGAUAUCUACGACUUUAUUGUUGAACUUCACAAGUCCAAUGAUGGCAACUGGAGUUCCGCCCAAAAGAAAGCUGGGAUUAGUGACGAAGAUUUGAAAUUCUUCCUCGAGUAUUGUGGUCAAUUCCUUGGUAAUUGCGGAAACUAUAAGUUUUUUGGAGAUUCCAAAAUCAUCCCAAGAUGUGACGAGAAAGUCUUUGAAGCUUUGGCUGCGCUUUCCCCAAAAGCAAAGCAACAUUAUGAAGCCACCAAAGGAGCUAUCUUCCCAACUCAAGACCCUGGAUUGAUGCAUCUUGGAUUUCCUGAUGAUGGACAUUUGACCAAUUAUUAUCCCAAUUCAACUAGCAUCACAAAAUCGGACAUCAUUGCUGUGGGUGAUUUCUUGGAGCAAAAGGGGUUACUUGUGGAAAACACAAGAUUGAGAAAGACACCCGAAGGAUCAUUCGAAGUUUUACUCGCUUCAGCCGUCACAAGCAUACCAUCUGAAGGUAGCGAUAUUGGCAAGGAAACCGAAUUCAUCAUCGAGGAGGGCUCACUCAAGGGCAGCAAGCUGAAGAUCGCUUUUGGCGAUCACUCAAAAGAGUUGGCUUUGAUUGCCGAGAAUUGCAAGAAAGCCGCCGAGAAUGCAGCAAAUAAUACGCAGAAGGAUAUGUACGAAGCCUAUGCUAAAUCGUUUGAAACUGGUUCAUCGCAAGUCUUUAAGGAUUCGCAAAGAUAUUGGAUCAGAGAUAAGGGGCCUUCAGUUGAAUCUAACAUUGGAUUUAUUGAGACUUUGAGAGAUCCUCAGGGCGUGAGGGCUGAAUUCCAGGGAUUUGCCGCUAUGGUAAACGCUGAACGCACUCGUGCCUUUGGAGGUCUUGUCAAUGCUGCUGAAAGUCUCAUUCCCAAAUUACCUUGGGGAACAGACUUCGAGAAAGAUAAAUUCUUGAGCCCAGAUUUUACCAGUCUUGAAGUUUUGACAUUUGCCGGAGCUGGAAUUCCAGCAGGUAUUAACAUCCCCAACUACGAUGAUAUUAGACAAACCGAAGGUUUCAAAAAUGUCUCAUUAGGCAACGUAUUGUCAGCUAAAGCUCCCAACGAGAAAAUCCCAUUUAUCAGAGAUGAAGAUCUCGAGGUAUUUUCCAAAUACCGUGAUGCAGCCUUCGAGGUGCAAGUAGGAGUCCACGAGCUUCUCGGUCACGGAACCGGAAAAUUACUUCAAGAAACCAAACCGGGAGUCUAUAACUUCGACAUCAAGAAUCCUCCUGUCAAUCCUCUUACCGGAAAGCCAAUCACUACAUGGUAUAAACCCGGACAAACAUGGGGAUCUGUAUUUGGAAGUGUAGCCUCAAGUUAUGAAGAAUGUAGAGCUGAGGCUAUCGCCAUGGCCCUCAGUUGUGAUUUCGAGGUUCUGAAGAUCUUCGGCUAUGGUGAUGGAACCCCUGAUAUGGACAAUGAAGCUGGGGAUGUUUUGUAUGCAGCUUGGUUGUCUAUGGCUAGAAUGGGCGUUUGCUCUUUAGAAAUCUGGGAUCCCCGCUCCACCAAAUGGGGCCAAGCACAUUCUCAAGCCCGCUUCUCUAUCCUCCAAUGUUUCCUCUCGGCCCCUGAAUCCUUCUGCACCAUCACUCAUUCCACUCCCGACCUCUCAGACCUAACAAUUAAUCUCAAGCGUCACCUGAUUCCUACAGUCGGUCGUCAAGCGGUAGAAUCCUACCUCCAAAAAUUACACAUCUAUAAAUCUAUUGCGGAUGUAGAAACAGGUGUCAAGGUAUAUAACGACAUGUGUUACGUAGAGCCAGAGUAUUGGGGGAGGAAAGUUAGAGAUCAGGUGUUGAAGUGUAAACAACCGAGAAAGGUUUUUGUGCAGGCGAAUACGGUAUUAGGAGAGGAUGGAAAGGUGGAGUUGAAGGAGUAUGAGGCGAGUUGUGAGGGAAUGAUUAGGAGUUUUGCGGAGAGAGAUGUUUAAGUUGUGGGGUUGAGGUAGUGGGAGGGAUGGUGAAAGGAGAAAUGAACGAAGAGAAAUGGGUGUCGAAAAGCAUGGGAUUUGCAUAUAUCAGUGAGACCAAAAUUGCGUUUUUGCGAUGCUGGUGGAAACUAUACUAAAAGCACCCCAGCUUCGCGUCAGCUGGCUUGAAGAUCUUUUGAAUUCCAACAGUAUUAGCGCUAGCGCGUAGGCUUUCA